AUGAGCAGAACCGAAGCAGACCUAACGGUCAACAUCCGCAAAGCUACUAGCAUCGAGGAAACGGCUCCCAAACGAAAACAUGUGCGGAGCUGUAUUGUAUAUACGUGGGACCACAAGUCCUCGAUGUCCUUCUGGUCUGGCAUGAAAGUCCCCUUAGCUGUUGAGUGCGCAUUGCUUAUUUACCGCGUUUAUGUUAGACAACCGAUUCUCGCCGAUGAAGUCCAGACCUUUAAAGCCCUUAUUACGAUCCAUAAAGUCUUGCAGGAAGGCCAUCCGGUAACCGUGAGAGAAGCACAGGAAAAUGUUACAUGGCUGGACAGCUUGAUGAGAGGGGUGACCGGCGAGGGGCUUCGAGGUCUCUUUGAAUAUGAGGAAUACAUCAGCCUCAAGUCCAUCAAUGAUCCAAAUGAGGGUUAUGAAACGAUUACCGACCUCAUGACACUCCAAGACCAGAUUGAUACCUUCCAAAAACUUAUCUUCUCGCAUUUCCGAGGUGGUGCAAAUAACGAGUCAACUGGGGACGACGAAGCAUUGGAGCCUCUCCGUGGCCGAUAUGACGCCCAACAUUAUCGGCUAGUUCGAUUUUAUUACGAAUGUUCGAAUUUAAGAUACCUUACAAGUUUAAUCACUGUUCCAAAACUUCCACCGCAGCCACCAGGUCUACUCGGUGAAGAUGAUGAGCGGCCCAAUCUUCCAAGGCGUCCAGCCAACGAGCCCGAACGGGAGCCAACUCCUCCACCAAAGGCAACUAUCCCUGACGCGGAACCAAUCAACGACUUCUGGUCGACAGAGGCCAAACGCCAGCAGGAGGAGUACGAAGCCGAGCAACGUCGACUCCAAAGCCAGUGGGAAGAACAGCAGCGUGGCCAGUUACUUGCACAACAACAAGCGCAGCGUGAUUUUGAAGAGCAGCAGAGGUUGCAGGCCGAGCAACAGAGACUAGCACAGGAACAGUUGAUGGCCAAUCAAUACCAGCAACAAACCCAAGGAAGACUGGCGGAACUUGAACAAGAGAAUCUGAAUGCGCGUGCACAAUAUGAGCGGGACCAGCUGAUGCUCCAGCAGUAUGACAAACGCAUGAAAGAUCUCGAAGAGCAGCUGAACCAACUCAACACAAACUUCAAUUCACAGAAUGCUUCCAAGGAUGAUCUUAUUCGAUCUCUUCAAGAGCAACUCAACACCUGGCGCACAAAGUACGAGGCUCUGGCAAAGCUGUACUCUCAGCUACGACAAGAACAUCUAGAUCUCCUACAAACUACCAAGUCCCUGAAGUUGAAGGCCGCAUCUGCGCAAGAAGCAAUUGAUAAGCGAGAGCGCCUUGAACGGGAGAUGAAGACUAAGAAUCUAGAACUUGCCGAUAUGAUCAGAGAGCGUGAUAGGGCUUUACAUGACAAGGACCGCGUUACUGGUGGUAACCGUGAGGAAGUAGAGAAAUUGAAGAGGGGGCUACGCAUGGCUAUUGAGCGAGCAGAAAAUGCCGAACGUGCUAAAGGAUCGGAAAUUUCCGCAAUGCUCUCUAAGUAUAACCGUGAAAUGGCUGACCUCGAAGAGGCCCUCAGGAACAAAACACGGGCCCUCGAGGAAUUCCAUUCGAGCAGUGGCGAGCUGAACGAGGACCAUGAUCUCAUGCUCCGAGAAAAGGACGAGGAGAUCGAAAUCUACAAGUCCGGUAUGGAGCAGGCAUUGACAGAGCUGGAGGAAUUGAGAUUGAGCCAAGGAGACGCGGAUAAGGCCCUCGACAGUCAAAUUGAUGACGUCCUUAGCGGCUCUAUCUCCAAGGUCAACGACAUCAUUGACUCUGUCCUUCAAAGUGGUGUACAGCGAGUAGAUGAUGCGCUCUAUGAACUGGAUUCUACAAUGCAGGCUGGAAACCAAAAUGCCUCUCCCUCUUAUGUGCUGUCACAGAUUGAAAAAGCAUCUGCUAGCGCUACUGAAUUCUCGACCGCCUUCAACAACUUCAUCGCCGAUGGACCAAACAGUGCACAUGCAGAAAUCAUCCGUACCGUGAGCGUGUUCUCUGGAUCUAUCGCGGACGUCCUGAGUAAUACCAAGGGUUUGACGCGAUUCGCAACGGACGACAAGAAAGCUGACCAACUCAUCAACGCCGCCCGAUCCCCUGCACAAUCCACUAUGACAUUCUUCCGUGGCCUGCAAUCAUUCAGACUCCAAGGUCUUGAGCCUCUCCAGAAGACAGAUGUGGUUAUCAACAACAACCACGAAGUCCUCAUGAAUCUUCAGAAGCUCUCCAAGCUCGUCGAUACGUUUGCUCCAAAGAGCAACAAGCUUACCGGCGCUGGCGACCUAGGCGACAUUGUCGACCGUGAAUUGACUAACGCUGCUAACGCAAUUGAAGCUGCAGCAGCACGACUAGCCAAGCUCAAGAAGAAGCCUCGCGAUGGUUACUCGACUUACGAACUCCGCAUCCACGAUUCUAUCCUCGAAGCGUCUAUUGCGGUAACAACGGCCAUCGCCGAGCUGAUCAAAGCUGCCACCGCGUCUCAGCAAGAAAUUGUCAAGGAAGGCCGAGGUAGCUCUUCCAGAACGGCGUUUUACAAGAAGAACAACCGAUGGACCGAAGGAUUGAUCUCCGCCGCUAAGGCCGUGGCGACUUCGACGAACACAUUGAUCGAAACUGCCGACGGAGUUAUUUCUGGCCGAAACUCGCCAGAGCAAUUGAUUGUUGCCAGUAACGAUGUGGCGGCCAGUACAGCCCAGCUUGUGGCAGCCAGUCGAGUCAAGGCUACAUUCAUGAGCAAGACACAGGAUCGAUUGGAAACGGCCAGUAAAGCCGUUGGAUCCGCCUGUAGAAGUCUAGUCAGACAAGUGCAAGAGAUCAUCGCAGAGAAGAAUCGCAAUGAGACCGAAGCCAUCGACUACACCAAGUUGAGCGGACAUGAGUUCAAAGUACGAGAGAUGGAGCAGCAGGUAUGGGUCCCCGUUCCACAAUCCAUCCCCUCUUUCUAA